CUCAUUAUAUACUUAGUCGUGUGUGAGGGUCCGCAUCGACACACCACAGCGCAGCGUACCACACCAUUGUACCAAAAAGCAACCGACCAGGCGCCAGCACCCCACUCAGGCAGACAACACACACUUAGACACACACACACGCAGAGUCUCACGCUACCAUGCCAUUGCACUUAUGUAUAUGUACACGACACACACACACACACACACAGAGAGAGAGGGAGGGAGGGAGGGAGGGGGAGGGAGGGAGAGAGAGACACCUACGCUACGGCGGCCCCAAGCAGCAGCAGCAGCAGCGUCAGCAGCCAUCAAGACUGUCUGUCUGUCUGUCACCUCACCCAUCCUCCCAAAGACGAACGACCGAACCGUCACGCCCAGCACAAAUGACUACGUCCUACCGGUAUUGCUGUACCUACCUUCACAGAGAGGGAGACAUGUGUAUGUGUGUCAAGUAUGCAUACGGAUGUGUGGUAUGUGUGGAUGGACACACACACGGAUGUCUGUGGUUAAAUUGGCGUGUGCGUGCGUGGUCCAAUUGGUGCCGUCUCUCUGCUUGCUCUCUGUCUGUCUGCGAGUCAUUUCGGCAAUCGUGCAGGCAGGCAGGCAGGCAGUGGAAAAAGAUAGUCAAUCCCUCUCAGAGAUACGACAAACAAGUGGUGUGUAUGUAUGUAUGCACGUAUGUAUGUGUACGUGUACGGAUGGCUGGUGUACGUGUGAUCGACCAUGCAUGUGUAAUGGUGUAAAGUACAUGGGACCGGUCAGCCCGCCAGCCUCAGGGCAACCAACAAACGUACAUUGUGGAGGGCAUCUGAACGUGUGUAUACCAUCGAUCCAUCCAUGCAUCCCAUAUGCACUCAGGUACCCAGUCAGUGGCGCCUGUGUACGCCCAUGGCAUGGCCAGCCAGUCGAGUCAGUCGGUGCGAAACACGUCAUACAGAUGCACACACGCAGGCAUACACGUACCGUACUGAGAUAGACAUCAAAAAGUGCAAGUCCGCCAAGCUGAGGAUUGAAAGCCUCAUUGAUUGCGGGAUUGUCCGUGUGUCCAGCCAUCCGUUGAUCGGUCUAUCUGACACUACCUGCCUACCACGAGACACACACGCACCCGAUCCGCAUGCACAGAGACGAAGCGACGUACAGCAAAAGCGAGGACCAGAAAUCGUCGCCUCAGUGGGUGGGUAAGUGGCUCUGUGAACCAUCGACACAAUGAAUGCACGAGCGGAAAGGGGUAGGUGAGGGCUGGCUGGCUAUACACACAUUGCACACACACACAUCCACAGCAAGUGAAAGCGUCCAGUGAGAAAUCCCCUUCCCCCUCCCCCCCUCUUGGCAAGAAUCUAGAUCAGCUUGUUUGUUGGAUGGAACGACAUGGCGCAUGGUGGGUGGUGCGUGCAUUCAUGCAUGACACGACACGACACGGCACGCCCGAUGGGUGUGUGUUGUCUUCAGGGCACCACGUUGGGCGGCAGCUUCGGCGCCUCCGCAACGCCAGCCAUCUCUGACGCAAUCACACACGAGAGAGCGAUGAACAAUCAAUCUGCGUGAGAGUGCCGAGUGUUCUUCUCGUCUCUGUGCCUACCUUUCUUGCAGUUCUGCCAGUCCAGUUCGGUGUUGACUCUCAGACACAGCCACGGGCGGCGACAUGACAACUGACAGCACAAAAGGCACCGCACCAGCCAACAUCCAGGACUAUCCGUGGGUGCGUGUGGCUCACUCACUCCGCCCACCUUCUUGAGUGCACAUGCGUUGGUGUAGACCUGCCCGUCGCUCCCGCACACGGGCUCAUAAGUACGAGGGCAGGCCAUAUUCGCAACGUCCUUGCAGAACUCAGGGUCCUCACAGGGGCUCGUCGCUGACCCAACCACCGUUGACACAACACACAGGACAGACGGAACAAUGCCCUCCCUUCAACUGUGCGUGUUUGCCGGUGGCUACGUACCGCCAUCAGUGGUGGUCUGGAAGAGGCCUCCACCCUGAGCACGACGCGCUGGAGCCGCCCCGUCUGAAUCAAACACACCAGCACACAAAGAACACAUCGAUGGAUUUCCCAGUCUGUCGGUGUGGGUGUGUCAUUGUGCGUCACCGUAUCACCGUAUGAGAUGAGGUCGUCGUCGACGCUCUUGGGACCCUCAUAAGGGCUGCUGGCGUGGGCCAACAGCAGACCAAUCAGCAGGCAAAUCAGAAGCAGCUUCAUCUCGGCGAUAAGGAUGAUCGGCAAAUGGACGCGGCGUGUUCUGGUCGAACUGAGUGGUCCAGGGAGUCGUUUGCGUUGCUUCUUUUCAC